CCGCGGCGCUUCCAUGGUGACGGGCCGCGGGCCGCCGGCGCUCUUUUCAAACCCCGGUACCGCGAAAGCAAACAUGUCAACCCAAACGCGUUGUUGACUCUCAAACAUUAACGGAGGACAACGUGUAAACGCCCGACGGAGUCCCGCGCGAGGCAUUGACCCCGGGAGAGACGUUUACGUCGGUUAUGCAGAGCCGUUAGUCCCGCAAACUGUCCCUGCGAUCACGCGGCUGCUGGUCGCUCGCUGAGCGCCGCCAACAUGAACAACAACGCCGAGAGGAAGUUCGUGAGUCUGCGGAAGCGUCUGGACCAGCUGGGCUACCGACACCCGCUGGGCAUCGAGUCACUGCCGCUGGUGGAGAAGCUGUUCAGUGACCUGAUCCACACGACGGAAAGCCUGCGCAACACCAAGCUGUCGGCGGGCAAAACCGAGGAAGAAACCCGAACCUUCGACGCCCUUCUGGAGCCGUACAGGGCGGAGAACGCCCGAGUGGUCCGGGAGAACAACCAGCUGCACCUGGAACUUCUCAAGCUGAAGGAGGAGAAGGAUCGAGUCGGCAGAGAGCUGAAGACCCACAUCAGGAAACUGGGCCACGAGACGUCUGACCUGAAGUUUUUAAAUAACCAGUACGUGCACAAAGUUCGCUGCUUGGAGAAGGACAGCAAGGCGAAAGCUGAGCGCAUCCAACAGCUGCAGGAGAAGAACAUGCAAGCCGUGGUGCAGACGCCAGGUGGGAAGAAGCGCAGCAUCCCGUUCAGACGGCAAAGGAUGCAGAUCGAUGAGCUCACACCUCGCUCCUCCACAUCGGCCUAUCCCGCCUCGCAGCCCGAUGACCCGUACAUAGCCGACCUGCUGCACAUGGCCGAUGGGAGGAUCCAGGAGCUGCAGGAUGACAUCAUGAAGGUCAAACUAGACCUGGAAAACGCUCAAGAGUUUAUAAAACACUUAAACACGCAGGUGGAGGAGCGGGACAAAGAGAUUGAGCGCAUGAGCCGCGCUCUUCGUGGAGGACGGCCUCACGAUGUCAUUUCCCUCGAGGCCCAGAACAUCAGCAACGAGAAGAUGAUUGCGCAUCUCAACCUUCAGAUCGAAUACCUGCAGGAGACCAACAGGACUCUGGAUCAGAAGGUCGACGCGCUGCAGCAGAAAAAGGAGGACGCCUCCACCGAAGUGGCCAAUCUGUCCUUGAAGAACCUGGAGCUGUGCGAGGAGCUGACGCACGUGGACGACUUGGCCCAGCGGCUGGAGACGGACAAGGAGCACGUGCUGGAGGCCGCCGACGUGGAGCUGCAAGAAAGCAAAAAAGCGAUUCAAAGGCAACAGAGAACCAUCGAGGACCUGGAGGAAAUCAUCUCAACACUGAGACGGGAGCAGUCCGAAGGCGACUUCGAAAAAGACCGUCUCAGAGAUGAGCUGCUGGACCUCAGAGAGCAGAAGGAGAAGAUGGAGGGACUGGUGAACUUCCUGGAGGAGGAGAAACUGCGGCUGAAGGACAAAAUGGAGAACAUGAUGGCAGCUGACAAAGACUUGGUCCUGGAGCUGGAGUCCAUGCGGGCCAAGCACGGCGUUUGUGGAAGGGAGCGCUCCCCGUCGCGUCUUGAUGCCUUCGUCAAGAGCCUGGAGGAGGAGAGGGACCGCUACCGGCAGGAGGCCGAGCGCUACAGGAGAGCCCGAGGGGCCGGGGGGCCGGACUCGAGCCCCAGUCGGAGCCCGGUGAGGGGCCGGAGUCCUCGGCCCAAAGCGGGCGGCGGCGCAGAGACGGAGCUGCUCCGCUUGGUGAAGGAACGCAACGAGCUGAAGGCGGCUCUGCUGGACUUUGAGGAGCACAUGGAGGACAUCCAGAACAAGGUGAAGGGCCUCAGCUCCGAGAGAGACCGCUUCAAAGCCCUCUGGAGACGGGCUCAAGAGGACCUGCAGCGGGCCGGUGGAGCGGACGGGUCAGCUGACCUGCUGACGCUGCAGCAGGAGGUGAAGCGAGCGGAGAGCAGAAUCCAGCAGAUCACCACAGAAGCAGAGAGAGGAAGGGAGGAGAGGAGGGACCUGGAGGACGCCGUGAAGAGCCUGGAGCGGGAGAGACUGGAGCUGAGGUCCCAGGUGUGUCGGCUGAAGGAGAACAGGGAGGCUGCCGAGGAGGAGCUGAGGCUUCGCUCUGCCGCUGUGGUCCAGAACGCAGAGGAGGUUUCCCAUCAGAGGGCCGAGACCAACGCGCUGAGGCUGCUGCAGGAGCAGAUGGAGCAGUCGCUGUCUGACACUCAGCGCCGGCUCUCUGUGAAGGCCAACGAGCUGCUUGCUGCACGUCAGCACAUCCGGCAGCUGGAGGAGGCGACGCGGGAGCUGAGUCAGCAGGGCUCCGAGCACAAAGAGGACGUGGCUGCUCUCCAGAGGUCUGUGUCCGCUCUGGACAGAGAGAAGGACGCUUUGCAGGACGAGGUGGAUGAGAAGACGGAGAGACUGGUGGCUCUCCAGGAGGAGCUCUCUAAAAAGGAGCAGACCCUCAGAGACGCGAGGCUCGCCGUCACACACAUGGACGCCUCCCUAGCCCAGCUGCAGGAGGCGCUGCUCGGCCGCGAGAGGGAGAUCGCCAGCAUGAGGAGGCAGCUGGACGCGGGUCACGAGGAGCUGGCCGGACUCCGGCGAGACAAAGACAUCACCGUGAGAGAGAACCGCCGGCUGCAAGACGACCUGGCUACCAUGACCAGAGAGAACCAAGCCGUGCACGUGGAGAUGGAGGAGGCGCUGCACGAGAAGGAUGAGCUGAAGAUGAGGGUCCACUCUUACAUUUCUGAAGUGUCCCGAAUAGAGAAGCUGAUGAACACGAAGGAGCAGGAGAACAGGGACCUGCUGGAGCGAUUCAGGAUGGCCCACUCGGAGGUGGAGGAGCAGGAGCACAAGCUGCAGCAGGCUGAAGGCUUCAACAGCUCCAUCCGCCUGGAGCUGCAGUCCUCGGACGCGGAGCGCCGGCACCUGCGCGACACCGUCAGCUCUCAGGGGAGGGAAAUCCAACAGCACACGCAGGCCCUGCAGGCCUACGAGGCCCAGGUGUCGGCGCUGGUGCGCGGGAUGUCCCGGCUGGAGGAGGAGCUGCGAGGAGCGCGGGAGGAGAAGGCGGAGCUCCUCUCCGACCUGGCAUCCGUCAGGGAGCUGUGCGUCAAGCUGGACGCCGACAAGGAGCACGCCGUACGUCAGCUCACCUCCAGGAGCAUGGACCUGGAGAGGGUCACAGGAGAACUGGAGGACGUUCGGUCGGAGGCGGAGCUUAUUAAAAAGCAGAUGACCAGCGAGAGGCUGACCGUCCGCAACCUGGAGACCCUCCUCUCGUCCAAUCGGCACAAGGAGUUCCAAACCCACCUGACGGCCAGCGAGAAGGAGUCCGAGCUGAAGGUCCUCCGUGACCGGCUGACUCUCGCCGACAGCAAAACGGUGGAGCUGUCCAGGGAGGCGUCCCAGCUGCGCGCCAGCGUGUCCCAGCUGCAGACGGAGAUGGACGUCCUGAGGAGACAGCUGACCAGCGAGCGCUUUGAGCGCGAGCGCGCCGUGCAGGAGAUGCGUCGACAGGGCGUUUCCUUCUCGUCGUCCCACGACGCUUCUCACACUUCCCCCGAGCGCUCGAUCCUGCGGACCCCGGCCCGCUCCGCCGACCGGCCCGCCGACAGAAGCGUGAGCUUCAAGGAUUAAAAACACAGACGGACCUGGAAUCAUGCAGGUGUUUAAUGGCAACAUUUGUACUGUUUCUGUCCGACUCCCUGGAUUCAAAGGCUCCAACGUCUGAACAAAUACUGGACUGCGUGUUAAGCUUCAUGUUUUAAAUGUUUAAAUUAUUAAAUUAUUUUUGUAAUAAAGCGAUACAGAAAUUGAA